CGAAUAUGAAUAUUGCACAUCCACUCGGUGUAGAAAUCAAUUCUGCAACCUUUGCGUGUUAUUCCUCUAAUGAAAUCAAGAAAUUGUCUGUUAAAGAAAUUGUUAACCCUGCUGUUUUUGACUCAUUGGGUUUACCUACGGAGGGUGGACUAUAUGAUCCAGCUUUGGGGCCACUUACUCGUAAUGCUGUUUGCGGUACAUGCAAUCUUGAUUACUUUAAUUGCCCCGGUCAUUUUGGACAUAUUCAACUUCCUUGUCCUGUGUAUAAUCCCGUAUUCUUUUCUCACACAUUGACCUUAUUAAAGGCAAUUUGUUUAAACUGUCAUCGGUUUAAAUUGGCGGCGACGGAGCUCAAAUUAUUAAACCAUGGAUUACUUUUGGACGCACAAAGAAUUGAUGGAGUUGCUGUUGAAGACGCAUUAGCAGCAGAUGAAGAUCAUGGAUCGGAUGAGAGUGAUUUUAUUGAGUUGGAUUCUGAUGAUUAUUUCCGGUCGCUUGGCAA